AUGUGGAAAUCUAGCCCACUGAUUUCUCCAGUAACAGAUAGGCAAGCCAACCAGGGGAAGUCUGACCAGGAGCGUGGACUUGUGGAACACAUGGUAAAGAUCCCUCCAGACCAGGACUCAGAGGAAAAGCAGCAAAGAAGCUUGCCUGAAGAUAUGAUGACUGUCACGGUGAUAUAUGAUAACUCUGAGGCAACAGAUCUCUGUACAGCUCAGCACCUCUACAUCAAACCCAUAGCAUAAUUCAUGAUCAACAUAUUGCUACCAAAGAGUACAGAACCUAUGAGGCCUUUCUCAAACUGGGAAGUUCUUGAUCAACUGAGGGGCUUGAUUUGCCCUGAUUAGUUCACCAGUCGACUCUCCAAGAAUAUGAAGGACUUCAUCUGGUUCAAGGGGGAGGCUGAAACAUAAAGUUUGGUUCAAAUCCUGAAGGCAAAAUUACAUGGAAAGAUCAUCAAGCUAAAUGGUUUGAAAACAGACUUAAAAAUAGUGGCUACAGAUGCCCAGGGAGAGUGGGAUCACUUUCCCAAGAAAUAAGAGGCCCCAUCAAGUGAUGGGACUGAUGAGUUGGACCAUAACAUGAGCCUGGAUUCCAUACAUUUUGAAGGCUUGCCCUGCAAGUGGUUUGCACGAGGUUCCAGUGGGGAGAAGCUAUGUGAAGAGAUCCUCCAGGUUGUCUUUGAGAGUUUUGGAAAGAUCAAGAAUGUGGAUAUGCCUAUACUUGACCCCUACACAGAGGUAAUGACUGUUGGAAGCUUUGAGGAUUUUAGCUUCAGCUUACAGACAUUUGAGGCCUUUAUACAGUACCAAGAGUCAACAGACUGGCUAAAAGCCAUAGAGUCCCUUUGAGGGAUGAAGCUGAUGCUUAAGAAUGAUGGAAAAGUUGUAGCAUGUAAUAUUAAGGUAAGGUAGCCAGUGUUUCUUUUAUUUCCCACUAAAGAACAUUUUUCAUUUGGAGCCAUAAGGAGGAAAAAUCAAGAAAGGCUAAAAUUGCAAGAGCUGGAGGAAGAAAGAAGAAAUAAGAGAGAAGAGAAAGAAGCUGUAAGAAAAAGAAAGGAGAAAGAGAGGAAAGCCCAGGAAAAGAGGAAUAAGGCUGGGGCCCUAAAAAAAAGGGGGGGGGACAGAUACCAGCAAAGAAUGGACAGAGCUAAAGCUGAGGUGCCUCUGGAAGAGAGGACAUUCCUACUGGGUCAGAUGGUGGAGGCCUUCUGGUUGCUAAUGGUGCUUCUGAGGAAAAUUGCAGAAUCCACACAGUUUAACCCACAGGAAGUAGAUGUUGCAGGCUCUGAAGCUAAUCAUGGUCUGUGGGACACAGUGAAAACUCUGAAGAAAGAAAAGUUAAAUGCUCAGUAUCUUCAAAAUCAGGAGGAAAUGCCAAGAUAUGAAGUUACCAAUUUAGACAAUAAAGGGAAACAAAAUGUGGAGAAAAGAUCUAUGGCUCAGUUGGGUAAAUCUCCCCUCUACAAUUUAGAAAAAACAUUAAGAGAUAUAGUUAGACAAAAGAUAACUGGAAUAUCAUUAACCAAUGGAUACAAUAACAGUUUUGGCUCUGUGCAGAAUUCCUUUCGAAUUGUAGUAGUUGGACAUAAACCUCUUGAGAGAGAAGACCACGUCAGUUCUAAUAAAUCUGGUCCUUCCAGAUUAUCUGAGAGAAACCAUGGCAGGAAAAAGAAAAUCUAUGAAACAUGUGAUGUUAUUGACUUUCUAUUAAACUAUUAUUAUCACAUUCCAAAAUAUCCUUCUAUUUGCCUAGAACCAAGUCACCCAACAAACACAUGUCAGUGGCAGAGGUCUGUCCAUGCUAAAGAAAAUGGAUUUCAAAUCAAUUUGAGAAAGUACAAUUGUGACUCAACUAAGUUGAGCCAAAUGCGAAACCUGCAAAGGAGAGAACAGGUUCAAGAAGGUGGUUACUUGGCAAAGAUUCAUACUCAGAAUCCUGUGCAAAAACCACAAAAUAGAGAAAAAGUGAAUUAUGCCAAAGAAUGUUCUAAGGAGUUUAAAAAUCAUCACAAGGAAAUAGCCAGUAAGGCUGAUAAUCAGCUGACCCCAAGUGAUGGAAAGGGCUAUUUGUUGGAAAAGACCCAUGCUUACCAGGUCAAAGAUUCAAAAUCCAGAAGUCAAAACCAAGUUUCCUCAUCCAUAAGGUCAGCAGACUUAGUGUUGGAGUUGACAGAUUUCUUCGAGGAAAUUAGUAGUGGUUCUGAAUGCUUCAGUGAAACCCUUACCGUAAACAAAGAGGAGAAAGAGAAAUCUGUGGUCACAUAUGAAAAUGCUCCAGAAGGAGGUACUCUUCAUGCUGAUAAAAUCAUCACUUACAAUCAAGAAAUUAGAUCACGUCAGCCAACCUUGUAUUCAAAGUGGAAACAUUUUGGGGAGAAGAAACAUUGUAACCAGCUUAGGAAUACAGUCUCAAGGUCCACAUAUGAACAGAGACGUUCAUUGCUUGAAGGUGGAAACAAUUCCAUGAGAGCUGAGAACAGCAACAGAAAAAGGGAGAAAAUUGUAGCCCCCAAACACUUGUUUGAUAAGGGCAACUACCACAAAUCUAGUUCCAGUUACCUUUUAACCAAUAGUCCAAGAAGGAGGAGGAGGUUUAGUAACGAUACAUUUGACCAAAAAGUGAACUACAGGCCCUUUCAUAUUCCAACAACAUCAUCAAAAUGUACUAAUACUUUCUAUUCAAGGCAUUUUCCCCAAAGAAGAGAGACUCUGUGGAAGUCAGAAUAUAACCGGGACACCAGGAGGUUCAAAAGACAUGAGCAUUCUACUGAUUUCAGGCUAACUUCUCAUAAUUAUCAUGUUAGACGUAACAGUCAGAAGUACAUUGACUCUAGAAGAUAUUUAAGGAAAUAUCCUAGUUCUUCAUAUUUUUAAAUAUUUUGA